CGACUGACUGGGUUACCAGCGGACGCAUUUUACAUUAUCGCGGCCCUAUGCUUCCCUCACCAGUCUCAUCCAACCGACGAGGAACCUCCCAGCACCUCCGCACAUUCUCCUCGUCCGACCUCAGACGGGCUCUCAACCUCCUACGUUCACGAUCAAGGUUCACGAACCUAAGCAUCAUCAUUCUCGCAGGAUGCUUCUGCGUUUCAUUCUUAUAUAACCUCGCUUUUAUAUUUUCCUCUUUUCCGCCUUCACUGGUAACUUACACGCCCCCUCAGAGCAUCCUCUCGACCAUAGCUCGUAAUACAACUCUAGAAAACCUCUCCCAUCUUGUCAUUGUCCCAGGUCACGCAAUUUGGACUGGUACGCAGCCUGAUCAGGUAUUAGACGCAGAUCGGUGGACGUUAGAGGAAUAUCAGAGAGGGGGAGGUAGUUACAGGAUUUCUGCGUUCGUAGAACACAUCAGACGAGGAGUAGAAAUAACGCUCAAAGAUGAUUCAUCCUUACUCAUUUUCAGCGGGCAGGUAUUCAACCCAGGAUACAAGUUCGUCUCGCUAACCCUCCUUUCUAGUGGUCAAACCAGACUGCAGUCGACCACAACAGAAGCAGAAUCUUACAUGCGUUUAGCAAUGAGUCUAGGUCUUUUCCACCCCGACUCAAAACAAACAUCCCAUGCGCCCCAUUUCCCUCGUGCGACAACAGAGACCUACGCUCUUGAUUCAUACCAAAACUUUUUAUUCUCGCUGGCUCGUUUUCACGAAAUAACAGGCCGGUAUCCCCUGCAGGUCACCAUCGUCGGCUACGAAAUGAAGCGCCGUCGUUUCGACGAGCUUCACCGCACAGCCCUUCGAUUCCCUGCUCAUCAUUUUGAAUACAUCGGAAUCGAGCCUCCCGCUAACGAGGAGUCAGCUCGUAUCGGCGAAGUUAAAAAUGGAUACGCUCCGUAUCAACUCGAUUUGUAUGGUUGCCACGAUUUUUUGCUCGCUAAGCGACGGACGCGGAACCCGUUUCUACGAUUUCAUCCCUAUCAUGCGUCGGCACCGGAGUUGAGGGGGUUGUUGGAGUGGUGUCCUGAUGAUGCGGGGAUGGUGUAUAACGGGCCGUUACCUUGGGACGUUUAUGAAUGAGAUGUCAUUCUACAAUUUUGGAGUUCGAGAGACCGAGUCUCUUGCGAGAAUUGCUAAUUAGCUCGCGAGCGAAAUUUUCGUCGGAACGUCCUCGGCAGGGCAAUGCUGAACAACAACGAUACUUCGACAUCAUUUGAAUGUUCGUUUCAAGCGACUACGAAUGCAGGAACUUCAACGAUCAAGAAUGACUGCAUCGCUUUUGCGGACUCGACCACUGUGAGCAUGGUGGUGCUUUAAUAUCUCUGAACUGGAAAUAUGGAUUAGCCCACAAUAAUAUUCAACCAAGCUUCGACAUUGUAGUUUUCUCUCCUAGUCACGAUCACAUCAGCAUCAAUUCAUCAC